GUUAGACAAAACACAAUGACAAUACAAUCUCGUCUUGUUCUACGACUCCUCCUUUAGAAAGCACUUGUUUUGAGGACUAGCACACACUUGAUAUCUUCAGCUCUAGAAACAGGUUCAACUUACCGCAGCAGGGAAAGCAGCUCCUGAAAAGAUGAAGGCCAUUAUUGUAUUGCUUCUGGUUCCCUUUGUCUCAGCGCAGACAUUUCAUUGGGGGCCCUGCCCAUCCCCAAUGCUCCAGCCAGACUUUGAACUUAAUAGGUAUAUCGGAAAGUGGUAUGAGAUCGAAAAACUCCCAGCAUCUUUUGAAAGAGGCAAAUGCAUCGAGGCAAACUACAUGCUUAGACCUGACAAAACCAUUCAGGUUCUCAAUGUUCAGACAUACAAAGGCAAAGUUAGAACCGCAGAGGGUACAGCAGUUGUCCGUGACAUAAGAUAUCCGGCAAAACUUGGAGUUAGUUUUUCCUACUUCACACCAUAUGCACCCUAUUGGGUCCUAUCCACCGACUACAACAGCAUGGCUCUUGUGUAUUCUUGCACUGAUAUUCUCAGGCUGUUUCACGUCGACUAUGCCUGGAUUCUCUCACGCACGCGCACUCUGCCCGCAGAGACCGUCUACCAUGCAAAAGAAAUCCUCUCACGUGAAAAGAUCGAUGUGAGCAAAAUGACACCUACAGAUCAGCAAGGAUGUGGUGUUCCUGUUUGAUAAAGACAAAAAUGUUUUUGCUCACUAAAACAUUAUUUACAUUUAAACGUAACAUUUUCAUAAAAGUACACCCUUUACAAAAAUUAACCAUGGUUUUACUACAUUUAAAAAAAACAUAGAAAACCAUGGUUACCAUAAAAUAACCAUGGUUUUGACAACCAUAGUUUUCAAAAACCAUAGUUAAACCAUGGUUAGUGUAAUAAAACACUGGUUUUGCUGAUAGUAAUCAAUAAACAAAAAAAAAACCAUGGUUAAUUUUGUAAGGGACCAGUUAUGAGUUGAAGCUGUUUAACCGUUUAAUGCUAUAUGAAUGUUUCUGAGGCAUGAUAUAUAAUGCACAUAAUAUAUAUCAAAUCAAUAAAAGCUAUUGUCUCUUAUAAAGCUU